GGGGCGUGGCCUCACGUGCACAGUCAGGGCUUUGAGUCAGCACAGGUGAGCUCGUGCUCGUGCGCGCACAGGAGGAUACGCAGGUGCUUCGGUCCCUGCUGUCCGAGACGCCAAGGACGUUUCUUCUCUUGUGUCUUUUUGUGUUUGGGAAUAUAAUUUAAGAAAGCCGAGCGGCUGUCGUCCUGUUUUAAUAAAAUUAUGAAGUUUGACGAAUUAAAGAGCUUAAGCACAAUUUUUCACGUCUUUUUACUCAGCUUUACUUCUUUUCAAGGUGCGCGCUGUGGGCUGGUGGUCUCUCCUGACGGUCCCACUCAGGUGAACGCUGUAGCUGGCAGCAAUGUGACUCUGCAUGUGUCCUUCAGUGGUGCCUCCGACCCAGCGGUUAUCUGGUUUAUGAACAGUAUACCUGUCGUCACAUGGACUAUCGGCUCGUCUGUUUCCCCGGACAUUGCCGAAAACAGGAGGAACGUGCUGAGGAUCCAGCCAAAUGGAUCCCUUAGCUUUGUGAAUGUGUCCCUUGUCUAUACCAGUAACUACACAGUUGAAAUGACAAAGUCUGGACUGGGAAAAUCCUCGGCUACUUUCACUCUGACAGUAUUUGAAAUCUUCCAGAAUGUGAGUUUGAGCAGCCAGUCUGAGUUUGCCAUUGAAGGGGCUGAAAGGUUCACCCUGCAGUACAGCAUGCUGCGAGGAGUCGUCAAGCAACAGGUGUGGUUCUUCAGUGGCGCAGAGAUAAACACCAACUCGCACUACUCAGUGGAGGAACGGAGCCUUGUGAUCCUCAAGCCAAGCCGAAACGACACGGGACAGUACAGCGUGUUACUGACGAACCCCUUCAGCAGCGCGGCAGUUCACAUGAAUGUCUCUGUGAUGUAUGGUCCAGAUGAGCCCAUACUUGAGGUCCGUCCGACUCAGCCUUUUUACCUGUCAGGAGACUCUCUAAGCCUCUCAUGCCAGGCUGAUGGAUUCCCACAGCCGACUGCUGAGUGGGUCUUUGGUGGUCAGGCCCUUUCUGCUUCCGUCAGAGGAGUCCUUAAUCUUACAAAUGUGCAGACCAGUCAAGGAGGCUUAUAUACAUGCACGCUGGUCAAUGAGCAGACCAAAAAUCAGCGCAAAGAAUACGUGAUUUUAAAUGUUUAUGAGAGGCCUCUGGGCAACCCAGUGUGCUCUGUGCACUCGGUGAAUAACACCCACCUGCAGUACUACUGUCUGUGGCCUGGAGGGACCCCACAGGCCCAGCUUUCUUUUCCACUGUUCAGCAACACCAGCAGUGGAGCAAGGAACUUCAGCCUGACAGUCGCGGCCUCAGAUAACCUCAACGGGAAAACUGUAACAUGCAUGGCAGACCAUCCAACUGAACAGAAUAAGUGCAACAUUACUGCAAGUAGUCCGGCGAAGUUCCUGCCAGCUGUGAGAACCACAGUUGACUCUGAGGGCAAAAUAGUGGUCACCAUCGGCUGUGUCAGCGAGGCCUCGCCUGAGGCUGUGGUGUCAUGGACCAAAGGAAAUGAGGCUGUCACCAGUGGGACAACGUACCAAAUCAGCAGUGACGCCACACAGCUCAACAUUCGUGAUUACAAUGUCAGCAACUUCCUCCUCCAAAACUACACGUGCACCUGCCGCAACCCUCUGGGCAGCCAGGAGAGGGAAAUUCAAUUAAGAGGCCCGACAAUCUCAGAUUCCAGUUUGUUCCCUAAUCAAGAUGGAACCAUCAUCACAUUGACCUGGGAGGUCCCACCUACCGCUGUUGUUACAGGGUUUGACAUCCAGAUGAAAGGACCAGACCUCCUAAGCAAAAGUCGUAAUGGCACCCAAACUCGUGGCAGUUCCAACAAAUUUCGUACUAUUCAGCAGAAACCUGGCUCUUCCAGGAGCACAGACAUCUUCAUCCUCGAUCCCAACCUGACAUACAGGUUUCGGAUCAUCCCCAAAGCUCGUAUGACUGAAGGGGAGCCAUCCAAGGUCCACAGAAUUGGUCCAGGUGAAGGGCUGAGUGGUCCCGCCAUUGCUGGCCUCGCAGCUGGAAUCCCCUGCAGCCUUCUCUUCCUGCUCCUGCUGUGCGGCUUCAUCUACCUCUGUGUCCACUGCAACAAGGACAGAAGUCGACAGACGAGAUAUCCAGUGUCGAGAGCAGUUGAGAAGGCAAUAACAACCCAAACAGACACAACUCCUCAUAACCUGCUGACAGGAGGGCUGAAGUCUCUCCCUGAUUACAACAGAUUACAGCAGACUCCCUCUGAAAGAUCAGUGGCUCUCCCCAGCUUUGUGCCUCCACCGCCUGUCAGAGUUGCUACGACAGUCUAAACUCCAGAAUUUGCUUCGAUGUGUAAUUUUGUACAGCAUGUUAUGUGUUUUAUCCUUAAUGUGUGAGAUUUUCUAUAUUUUUAUCACGAUUUUAACUAAAAUAAGGUUAUAAAUUCAUUUCAGUGGAUAUUUGUAUUAUUUUCCUGUAUAAUCUGCAGUUUAAAACUCAACAUUUUAUUCUGUUUAUUCAUAAUAAAAAGCCGUAAGAAAACUGGUAUUUCCUUCUUCCAA